UGUCAAUCAUGAUGCAGAGUUCCUGUUUCCAAAGGCCUAACACCAAUGAAUUGAUCACUCCCUUCCGCCGAGCGCCAACUAAGGUUCAAGAGCAUUCCAAAGCUUGGAAAAACGUAUUUUUUAAAGUUUAAUCCUCUCAUAAGCCGCUUUGCCGAAACGAUUUGGGGUUCUGAUUAUUCGUUCAAACGUCUGGUCUAUCCGAAUCCCCGAAUGCCAUUGUGUGGGUUCGUGGUUCUGCUGAAUUACCAACACGUUUUUCCUUUUUGUUACGGUUCUUCUCCGCUUUCAUUCUUACAACCAUGUCUCGGCCUAGACGUAGACUUUGUAGAUUCCUCGACACCCGGGAAGGUUGUAGACGAGGUGCAGACUGCACCUUCUCUCACGACCGCAGUAAUGUUACUCCUCAGGAUAGUUUGGGCAAUACUCCCUCAAGGGCCCCCUCGUCCCCUCUACCUAGCUCACCGUCCAAUGCUGGUAGAAACUCUGCCCCCCCUCGCAAUGUCUGCAACUUCUAUUGGACCACCGGUCAAUGUAAUCGGGGUUUUGAUUGUGUUUUCAGGCAUGUGCAACAGAAGCACAACAACGGUAGUGAAACCCCAGACACGACUGGAAUUCCUCCUGAGGUUCGCGAUGAGCUCGACUUCUCGACUGUGGAGGGCUUGGCAGAUAUUAACAAUAUCAUCCCGGAUCCUCAAUACCGAUGUAGCCCAUCCCAAGCCCAUAAUGAUAUCAAAGGGUUCAUCGCUGACCGUUACCAAUUUCCGUCCCAAGAUGCACCUUCUACAAUGAUCAAGUUUGCUAGAAUCCUGGGAAGCGUUGAUCGGAGAAAUGGACUUUGGAAUUCGGAUCACGCCCAGGCUUUCUUACAGAUGGUUAUAGAAGGGAAAGCCCUCAACCGCAUCACCGAUAUUCUCCAGUUCGAGAAUAUUUCUUCGCAAUCCGGGAUGGGUUUCUCUACCCUCUCCUUUCAACGUGGGUAUUUCCCUAUCCUUCAAUUUCUCGUAUCGGAUCUCAUUCUGAAGAGUACCCUCAACCACAAUCUUAAUGCCUUAUACACUGCUCUCGAUGAAAGCUUCGAAUUCCUUUGUAAUGUUCUUCACAAAUGUAUGAAUGAGAUGAUUGGAAGGAGGUCUUGGAAGGAUUCUACCCCUGGAUUGCCAGAUGACCGACAGUCCCAGCUCACAGGUAUCGUGGUAUUUAGCACUCUGAGCACACUUCUACAACAGUUCUUUUCCCGCUUCAAAAACGCAAUUCACAACCACCCUCGCAUCGUCGAUCUCAUUCGUGAACUUCGAUCAUGGUUCGACACAUGGAACAAAGCUAUCUCUCAACGACCUCCAUCUUUUGAUGAUAAUCUUGAUGAGGACCUCCGGCAGCUUACUGUAGACCAGAUACGUGAUUCUAUCGGUCGUCUCCAAGAGAUUAUCAAGCGUGAACAAGCUGCGGCACAGACGAGAAAAAAACCUGCAAAAUCGCCAAUCGUAGUUAGCGAGGCCGACCGGAAUCAAGCGUUGCUGACUCGUUUAAAGCAGAGCUAUGAUCCUCCAGGUCAUCUCCGCAAAGACGGGCCUCGUCAUGACAACGAUGGUGUAGAGAUAUCCACCAUUCAGAUCAUCCCUACUCAUGCAGAAAUGUUAUGUCCCGUACCGCCCUACGUUCCGGUAACCGUACCGGAUGCUCCGCAUCAUUGUCGGAAGGAUUCAAUGGAACGCCUCUUAGAUGUACAGUUCCGUUUGCUACGAGAAGAACUUGUUGCCCCCGUACGGGAAUCCCUCUCGAUUAUCCAAGACGACCUCGACACUAUCGCCUCGCGCCGGGGUAGUGCGAAAAUGCUUACUCAACUGGAAGAAGUUGUUGCUCGAAACGGCGGGAUGUAUCGCACCAAAGGACACAAUUCUGUCAUGUUUCAAGUUUAUACCAAUGUCGAACUCUCGCCCCUGAAGGCCGAGCGCAAAGGCUUCACCGUAGGUUUGGUGCUUGAUGCUCCUCCCGGAGGCGCCCGGGCGGCUGGGGCAAAGGACAGACAAGAUUAUUGGAAGCAUGCGGGUUCGAAACGACUUGCAUCUGGAACUCUCGUUGCGCUACUUCUUGUCAUCAACAAUCGGCUGGACAUCUACCUGGGAACUGUAGCUUCUUCUAACACCGAGCUUGUGGACUCUUCCAAAUAUCACGAGUCGCGGGUAGAAAUUCGAGUUAGUUUUGUGGAGCCGCAAGUUGAACUCAUGGCAUUGAGACGUGACAAGGCGACCGUCAAUGCAUCUCAAUUCGCAAUUUUAAUUGACAACAGUAUCAUGUUUGAAUCCGUUCGUCCGUUUUUGGAUACGCUGCAGUCCGUAGAGCCAACUUCAAUACCGUUCAAAAGUUACCUCUCCCAAUCUGGGAAUUUGGACAAAAUGCAGCUUCAUCCUCCGAAAUUUGCAACGUCACCAAGGUUUAUGUUUCAUUUGGACUGCCUAGCUCGUCCCGGAGAGUAUAUUCAUCCAAUGAAGCCUACAGAUGAAGCAUCUAUCCGUCGUGCUCGUUUUGAGCUGAAACUUUCAAGCAUCUUAGACGCCAGUCAGGCGGAUGCAAUGGUAGACGCUCUAACUCGAGAAGUGGCUUUGAUUCAAGGUCCACCUGGUACUGGAAAGAGUUUUACAGGAAAAGAAAUACUGCGUGUACUGUUCAAGAAUAAGAUCAGCCCCGUGGUUCUGAUUGCGUUCACGAACCAUGCACUUGACCAUAUGCUUCUUUCACUUCUCGAUGCUGACAUCACCUCAAACUUCGUUAGAUUGGGGUCUCGGUCGUCUAAUGAACGUAUUGCGGAAUACACUCUCGACAAGCUCGAGAAGACUUUUUCCGAGAAACAAGCACUAGAUCGGACGGUAGGCAGGGAGUAUGCAUCCCUGAAAAAAUUAGAGGAACAGAUGAAGACAAUCCUCGACAGAAUACAAAUUCCUGAGGUCACAUUCGAUGGAAUUACUGAGCAUCUUCGUAAAUCAUAUCCUUCGCAGUCUGAAUGGAUUCACGGACCUCCAUUUUGGAUUGCACAACUCUUUGAAAGUCUGCACACCCCCACUCAUGAAAGUGGACAGUGGACUCAGGUAUCUCACAAGAAACGGCGCUCGGAGGACAAACAGAUUGCAGAAACCAUAUAUGGAUUUUGGAAGUUGGGUCAAGAUCUAGAGUUCAUUCGACCUCCAAAUUUGGGUCCCAUUCAUAUGAGUACUACGCAACCCAAAGUUAGUGGAAGGCAGAAUAAGAAGAAGAAGAAAGAGGUUCAAACUGUUGUGCACACUGUGAGUACAGAUGAUGCCUUGGCUAUCGCCGAAGAAUACAGGUCUCGUAUGAGCACAUUUUUUGGAAAGCUUGGUUUCGGUGAUCAGGUACCAAGUGUGCCUGAGAGUUGUCGCUUGAUUUCGGAACUCGUUGGCAUAGACAAUGUCUGGACAAUGUCUUUUGAAGAAAGGCUGAUGCUGGCGUCAUUCUGGGAAGAUGAGAUGAGACGAAAUGCGUAUGAGACAUGCUUGGAUGAGUAUAAGGAUGCUAGACAGGAUUAUGAGGAAGCAUGUCAACGGUUUAAUGAUGUGAAAGAUGAGAAUCGCCGACGAUUGCUUACGUCGGUUGACUUGAUUGGUUGCACUACAAAUGGUGCGGCUAAGCUCACCUCCCUCCUUACGACAGUUGCUCCAAAAGUGCUUGUUGUCGAAGAAGCAGGUCAAGUUCUCGAAGCUCAUAUUCUGGCAUCACUUGUUCCAUCUGUCCAACAUUUGAUAUGCAUCGGGGACCCUCAACAACUUCGACCAAAUAUUACAAACUAUGAUCUGUCUAUGGAUAGUGAACGUGGAAAGACCUUGUUCAAGUUUGAUCGCUCUCUUAUGGAGCGAUUAUCUGACACUGGGUUGCCGAUGUCCCAGAUCAAUGUGCAGAGACGUAUGAGGCCAACUAUUUCCGCACAUAUUAGAACAAUUUUAUAUCCGAAUCUCGAGGACCAUCUUCAAGUGACUCGAUAUGCACCAGUACAAGGUAUGCAGAAGGAUGUCUUUUUCCUCAGCCACAUGAACAAAGAAAACGGUGGUGGAGAAGAAGCAUCGGUUUCAAAAUCGAACUCUUUCGAGGUCACCAUGAUUGUAGAGCUUGUUAUGUACUUCCUGAAACAAGAAUGCUACAAUGCUCCUGGUGACAUCGCAGUUCUGUGUGCUUAUCUUGGACAGCUUCAAAAGGUGAAGGCAGCCUUGAAGAACCUGAAAGUAACAGUGGCCCUCGACGAGCGGGAUGAAGAGCAGCUAGUGCGACAAGGGAUGGAGGAUGAAAAUACUAUUGAGCAAGUCUCUGUUACUAGUCACAUUCGAUUGGGAACAGUAGACAUAUUUCAAGGAGAGGAAGCAAAGAUUGUUAUUGUGUCUCUCGUUCGAAACUCUGGUUCAUUCGAAGGAGUGGGCGCUCCGAUAGGAUUUUUGAAGUCUGUUAAUCGCAUCAAUGUCGCCCUGUCUCGUGCACAACACGGCUUGUAUGUGAUGGGAAAUGCUUCUAAUUUGCGCCAGAAUGAGACUUGGCGUACGAUUAUUGAUGGAAUGGAGCAAGCAGGGCAAAUCGGCUUUGGUUUUCCAAUUGUGUGCCCUCGACAUCCUGAACAGCAAAAUAUUAUCACCACACCCGAGCAGCUCCGUCGUCAUUCGCCUGAAGGGGGAUGUCUUCUUAACUGCGGCUAUCGAAUGGACUGUGGGCAUGUCUGUCCUUCGGUGUGUCAUUUGGAUCGGGACAAUCAUCGUAGUACAAAAUGUAUGAUGCCUUGCCUCCGGACACCGUGUCCACGAUCCCAUCCCUGCAACAAGUUUUGUUCAGAUUCUUGCGGCGAAUGUACGUUUCCAAUGGAUAACGUGGAGCUUCCAUGUGGACAUCGUGUUGCUUCAAUCACUUGCUUCGAAUACGAUAAUUUGAAGUCUGUGUAUUGCAGUGAGCGAGUAGAGAAGAAGCUUGUGAAGUGCGAACACUCUGCUGUCAUGGACUGCUCGAUGCCGCCCGAAUCCUUCCGCUGCACCAAAGUGUGUGGUGGGAUAACACCCUGCUGCGGAAACACAUGCAAGUCAUCCUGCUCAGACUGUCAAGAAAAAUCCAAGCCGAACUCGGAGGAGGUUGGCCUGAUACAACGCUCGUCUCAUAAAGAACACAGUUGUAAACGCGAAUUGUAUUGCCAGCAUUUGUGUGACCAGACCUGCUCUCAGGACCACGAGUGCACUACAUUCUGCAAUCAGCAAUGCAGACAGAGAUGUGGCCAUCAUAAAUGCAUGAGGCCGUGUGGAGAGGCAUGUGCGCCGUGUGCAGAGCCUUGCGAGUGGAUCUGUCCACAUUCUUCCUGCCCAGUGACUUGCGGAGCCAUCUGUGCUCGACUUCCUUGCGACUUGCCAUGUCAGAAUACCCUGGAUUGCGGACAUCGUUGUAACUCCGUAUGCGGCGAAGAAUGCUCGAAGCAAAAAUGCGUGAAGUGCAUUCCCGAAGGUGAAAGACAAGAUAUUGUCGAUUUCUUGAUGCAGCGAACGCUGGCGGAGAUCGACCUGGAUUCAGACGACUUUAGCGAGCGAUUGAUCACCUUAGAUUGUGGCCAUAUCUUUACCGCAGAGACCCUCGACGGCCACUGUCAUAUGAAGGACUUCUAUGAAGUCGACCAGCUUGAUCAGUACCUGUCUAUGAAAGCUCCACCGACUAAAUAUCAGCAGCCACCGACGUGUCCUACAUGUAGGAGCCCGAUAACUUCUCGUAGAUAUGGUCGAGUCACCAAGCGGGCGAACUUGGAUAUCCUGGAGCAGAAUGUGGCUAGCAAUUUAGCUAAAGCACUUAACGAUGUCAGUCCGACGAUCCAGAUCUUCCGCUCCCGGAUGGAUGGUCUAGAAACUUCUAUGAAAGACAUGAAGUACGAGCCAGCUGAGAAUGUGUUACCGGAUGUUGAAACAAUCGAAGCUAGACGAGGAGCGACUUUGCAUAGUGGCAGCAAGGAAAACGAGAUAUUACCAGCGGCUUUACUCACGAAGAUUGCGAUGACCAAGGACCAUGGGAUACCAGCAGGAGAAGCCAAAGCCUGGUUCGAUUCCAUCGAAACUUUUCACGGAGUUUACAUGACAGUCGCCCGCGUGGUGAAUACACGAUCGGCUCAUGUACGUGCCUACGAAGCCGCACUCGUCACGCUCUAUCACCUUGAACUGUCCGAACUCGCUUCAGACCCAAGUAUAGACACUAACAGCACAAAUCCCCAGAGCCUGGCUUUCCAGAACGUCAACAAAAAGAUCGGACAACCUCCGCACAAGGCUGAUCGGCGAUACCAAAUCGAAGCCCUCCUCCUUUCCGUCGAGCUCAGAUUCAUGUUAGGAAGCCUAGCACGAACUCGAGUGGAUAACCUCCCCUUGACAUCGAACGAUGAGGAACAACGCAAGCUCCGCCGUCUCUGGGCCUCUUUCACAGAUUUCCUAUAUCAAUCCUGCGAGGAAGACUGCCGAAAAGCAAUCUCCAUCGCAGAAAACUCCUCAUCCCCCCGACUAGCCGCUCGUUCCACAGCGCUGUUGAUGUGUUCGGAAUUCGAACGGGUCCGGUUUGCAAUUAUGCAAAAACGAGCUGAGAAGGCGAUUGGAGUACCCGCAGAGAACUCGGGGGAAUGGAAGGAUAUGCUGCGGCAGGAGAUACAGACACAUACUGUUACUAUGCGUGUGUUCCUCGAGAAAGCUGAGAUCGCGUACAUGCGCAGUCGACCCGCGAAGACCUUCCAGGAGCUUCGGGAAGAGCGGGCUUGGUUUAACGAGCAUUGUCGGAUUCGAAUGAAUCGCUGCUUGGAUGAAUUUAAGGAGCUAGAGAAGCAUAUUAUCCAAGAUAGUGUGUACCAGGCCGUGUCGAUGCAGGAGAGGGAAGAGAUCGUCAAGUCUUUCGGAUUCACACACCGCGGUCAUUUUUAUAACUGCCCGAACGGACAUCCCUUUGUGAUCACUGAGUGUGGUGGUGCGAUGGAAGCCAGUGUAUGCCCGGAAUGCGGAGAACGGAUAGGAGGAGAAAGCCACCAGAUCGACGCUUCGAAUACCCGUGCUAGGGAGUUUGAGGAGAUUGCGGGAAAUCAAGGCGUUGGGAGGAGUCCAUGGGCAUGGGCCCGCGAUGCGUGACCGGCUACAAAUUCUGAAUCCAAUGAUAUCGUAUGUAGAUAUGUACUUAUAGUAUGUUAAAGAUGUAACACAGUUAGGGAAAGGGUAUAGUUCAAGUACAUCGGUGGUUAGCGGUAGACCCGAACAAAUGAUCCGUCACCCAUCUAUCCAUGGCUUCGCCAUCCAGGUCA